CAAGUGUUUUCCACCGAAGAGCAUUUAAAUCCCGAGGAAAUAACCUCAUCAGUCAUCACCUGUAAACUACUGACAACGAAUAUGCUUCUCUACCGCCGGCGCGCGGCGGAGUUGGCCGCUAGAGACCACUUCAGCUUCUCCUCCCCCGUCUCCGAUCAUCUCGAGUAUGGCACCUGGGCUCAAAAACUCAGAACCCUAGACGAUUCCUUUAGCAAGCGGAAACCCCAAAGCGAAUUCGGCCCAUAUGCUCGAACAAUCCGCCUCCCCUCCGUUGAAGGCUCUAACGAUGACUCUUCGCCGCCUCUGUGGAAAUCAGCAUCACCGAUCCCCCGCCCUACCUCCCAAAUUAUCGAGAAAUACCGGCACGAGAUGAUGGAUCUGGCCCGCGACUUACCAGAGACUGAUUACGAGCUUUCUCUAAGGGAUAUGGUGGAGCUUAAGCAGAUUCAUCGGAGUGGGAAAGAGGAGGAGGAAGCCUCGUUGACGGAGAGGCUGGAGGUGAGUAAAGAGAGAGAAAAGAGGAGGGUAAGGAAAGUUUCGAGAACUGGUAGUAUGGAUUCUGGUGGGUUCCUUCUGAAGUUGUUCUUGCCGAGUUUUCCAGCGGUUCUUGGUGGUAGCCGGAAGAUCUCGCCGAGGACGAUUACAGCGGGAGAUGAUGGGGAGUGGAUUAAUGGCCGGCUUCGAGAGAGGAGCAGUAGCAAUGGUAGCCAGGAAAGCACUGAUAGCAGCUGUAGCAGCAGAGGAAGAAAAAAAUGGAAAUUUGGUGGAUGCUAUUCAUUCUGUUACAGGCAUAGGAGGAGCAGAUCCAGGUAGUUCCAGAUCAAGUAUGUUUAAACUGAAGUUUAUUAGGAUUUAUCUGUCAAAUAGAACUGUGUUUCUAUAUUCUGAAUCUGGUAGUGAUUUUCUUCUAAAACAGAUCGAUUCAGCUUUCAUGAAAGUGAAUUUAUUGUCUUUGUGAGGCUUCUUCAUGUAUAAAUCUUUGAUAUUAAUUUUG